AUGCACAGAAAAGAUCAGAUCUGUCAUGAUGACUACCAGAAGACAGCCAGCUGGCUCCUGUCCCAGACGCAGCACAGGCCCAAAGUGGCCAUCAUCUGUGGCUCUGGACUGGGUAUGCUGGCUGAUGCUCUCAAGUGCCAGGACUCCUUUCCUUACUCCGACAUCCCUGGGUUCCCACAGAGCACAGUGCAAGGACACGCUAGCAGACUGGUGUUUGGGGAGCUAAAAGGAAAGACGUGUGUUUGCAUGCAGGGCCGUUUCCACAUGUAUGAGGGACACUCACUCUGUAAGACUACCUUUCCUGUGCGGGUAUUUAAGCUCUUGGGGGUGGAGACCCUGAUUGUGACCAAUGCAGCAGGCUCACUGGCAGACAGCUACCAGGUUGGGGACAUCAUGAUCAUCAAAGAUCACAUCAACUUCCCUGGCCUGGCUGGGCUCAAUCCCCUCAAUGGACCCAAUGAUGACAAGUUUGGUCCCCGGUUCCCUCCCAUGUCUGGUGUGUAUGGCAAGGACCUGCAGAAAAUAGCCUUUGACCUCUGUAAGAGCAUGGACGUCUCUCAAUUUGUCCAGGAGGGGGUUUACUGUAUGGUGGGAGGGCCCAACUUCGAGACCAUCGCAGAGGCCAGACUUCUUCACAGACUAGGGGUGGACGCUGUGGGAAUGAGCACAGCACCAGAGGUGGUGGUAGCCACACAAUGUGGCAUGAGGGUGUUUGGCCUCUCUCUCAUCACCAACAAGGUGGUCAAGAGCUAUGACGACACUGAGUCAGUCAACCACGAAGCUGUUCUGGAGGUCAGCAAACUGCGCUCGCAAAUGCUGCAGACGCUGGUCAGCCAGAUGGACAUCAACAACAACGCGGUCUGA